AUGCCUUAUUCAAGCAGCUAUUUCCACCUUUUCAGUCUGCCUAGCAAAUUAGCUUUGAUUUUGUGCUUUGCUUUCGUUCAAGCCGUCACCAAUGUGGAUAAUUCAGCGCGCGAUAUCGAUCAGUUUCGUUAUUGUAUGCGUAAGUCACAGCAUCCGAGUUUACGCGAGUGUGUCGGCCGAACAGCCAUAAAUUUCAUACAGCGCUUCGAUGAGCAGGAUAAUUAUACACUCUUCGCCGAUUUGGUUUCUACAAAGGAUGAUAAAAUCGCUGGGCGUUCAUUGGUGAAUUUUUUGGACACAGAUCCAGUCGAUUUUAGAGGUAUUUUGGAAAAUGCAGGCGCAGUCAUGGGUCAACGUGGACUUGAGUGGCACAUGGAUGCCAUAUAUCCAGGCUUGGUGUUUAAGAUCGGCCCUACCACCGACGCUAAUAGCGUAGCGCAAUUUGUGCUUGAUUCGGCCGUUGUUGAGCGACACUUUGGCUAUGAAGAACCAUCCACUGCUCGCCUCUUAACCAAACAAUACUUGCUGCCAUUUCUACUUGGCUUUAAAUUCAACUUGGUUGCACUGGUGCCACUUCUGUUCGCCGGUAUUUGUUUGCUACUGAAGAAGUCGCUUUUUUUAGUCAAAUUGGCGAUUUACUUGAGCAGCUUUUUAGGCGUUGGUGGCGCUUUAACUGCAUUGAGUGCCGGCGCUGGUGCUGGCGGAUUUGGUGGCUUUGGAUUAUUCGGUGGUGGUGGUAAUGGUAUUCCGCUAGGUCCACCCAUAUUCAAUCCACACGCACAUGCACUCGAUGCUGGCGACGGUUACGUGCCGGGCAAGGCGGGCGUUUUGCAUCAUUACGGCGGCGAUGAAUUGCAUCACAAUUCACCCUAUAAACGCAAUGAUCGCAAAGUAAAUUUCGAGAAACCUCGUGAGUAUGCAACGCGUGCCACAGUGAUAACCACAACACCGGCGCCUGAUCGCUUCUACGAAUAUGAAAAGCAAGUUGCUAUGAUGCACAACAGAAAUGGCAAGCCGCGCUCUGUGAGUGGAAAGCUAGGGCCGAGCGCCUAUGACGACGAUGAAGGUGAGGUGAGGAAUGAGGAAUUCAAGACAACAAAUCAAGAAUACAAUGGCUGGAAAGUAGUCGAUUUGAGGGUGUGA